AUGCCACCUAUCGACCACUUCUCUGGACAAUUGUCCUACGUGCGGGAUGAUGAGAGCGAUGACAAUUCUGAAAGGAACAGAAAUCGCAAAAAGGGCAGCGAUGACGAUGACCACAAAGGGGACAGCAAUGAUAAUAAUCGUAGCAGCAGCAGUGAUGAUGAAGAAAACGACAACAACAACAACGGCGGAUUUGGGGGCGGUGGAUUUGGAUUUGGCUUUGGUGGAGGCGGAGGUGGAGGUGGAGGCGGGAAUGGGAGUAACGGUGGUAGCGGCAAUCGCGUCUCAUCGAGUUCUGCCACGACUUCAACUAAAGACCAUUCGUCAACUGCCGAUAACACACCUACAGACACGAUCAGUGUCUCUUCCACCACCGCGACCGUGGUUAUAACUAGGGAUUCAUUUACCACUCCGUUUCUUCCGACCUCUACGACCUCAAGUCUAGCUGCAGUCCCCACCUCCCCUCCCGACAAUGCUAUAGCGACACCUUCGUCGAACUUAACUCAAGGUGCUAACCAUGGCCUUUCACUGGGCUCCAUCGUUGCUAUUAUCCUGGGAAUUCUUUUCUGCAUCACAAUUUCUGGAGUUAUCUUCGUCAUUACAAGACCAAAAUUUGGAAGUCUUGCCAGAUUAUGGAAGAAUUCCAACGGCCCACGAAAUAUUUUCUCAUCUAACCAGGGAUCCUUCGAGCCGAAACAACAGCGAAGCAGCAGUAACUUAUACAGGCGCUAUAACCCGUCACCACGGCCCUUUAGUCGAACCUUCUUUGAUUUACAGGCUUUUAGAUUUGGUUCUCCUGGAAAUCCCAUAGACCAAAAUGCUGUGAUGCAAAAUUCAUCCAGAAAUCCUGUCACUAUCAACGUCGAGCCUCCUGCAGAACGGUAUAACGACUUACAAAUUCAUCAAAUAUACAGCACUCAUAUGGCGCCGCCUUCAGCUAUGAUGAAGCCCAACGUCGCUAGAUCCAUUUCGUCGAAAUCCAGCAAGCAGCAAACAUUCUCAUCGCUCAGCAGCCGUAUGAUAUCGAUGGUCGAUACGUUUUCUGAUUCUGGUGUUGGUAGUGGUCGAGGUUCUUUUCAGACAUACGAUUGGAAACCGCCGCGGCACGAUCCUGCGUCUGAACUUGGAAGGGCUUAG